AUGGCUCUUACAAUUCUACAUUCUGUUAUUACAACGUCCAUUGCAGCUGAUUGUCCUGCUGGUGAGGUACCAUGUCUUGAUGGAGUGGGAUGUGUCAGCAGAAUUAAAAUAUGUGAUGGCAUAUCACAGUGUCUGGACCAAUCAGAUGAACUCUUCUGUCUAAAGAGUAAAGCUGAUGAUCCACUCUGCGAUGAGAACCAGUUUGUGUGCUUCAAUGGUGAAAACUGCAUAUCAAGGACACUGGUUUGUGACGAUGCCCAUGACUGCUCCGAUAGGUCUGAUGAGGAUAUCUGUGAUCCCCAUGAACAAUGUAAAAAGGAAGGACUAUAUCUGUGUCGGAACAAUCAGCAAUGUCUGAACACCAGUAGACUGUGUGACGGCAAACCGGACUGUCGAGACGCCACAGACGAGGGCGGUCAGUGUGAGGAGGCCAGGACAGAGUGCGAUUCUGGGAAAUGUCACCACAUCUGUGUAACAUCUCCUACUGGAGCCACCUGUAAAUGCAAUCCUGGAUUCCAUAAACUGAAGAACCACACAUGCAUAGAUACUGAUGAAUGUGAGGACAAUGAACCACCAUUGUGCAGUCAUGUAUGUCGGAACACUCCUGGUGGUUACGCAUGCUCCUGUUACCAUGGUUACAGGCUCACAGACGAAGGGAAGUGCAGGGUUGAAGGAUCUCCUCCUGUCUUUCUACUGGCUCAUGAUGGUGAAAUCCGUGGGUAUGAAGUGUUUCAGAAUAGAUCAUUACCUGUCCUCACAGAAGAUGCUAAAUUGUAUGCAAAAGAUCAAGAUGACAUCAAAAGUAUGGCUUUAGGACCAAAUCAGGUGCUGUAUUUCAGUGACACGGGUCAUCAGAAGAUUUAUUCCUCUGACUUGAAUGGGGACUGGAAGGCACACAAACAUGAAGUUAUUAACAUGGGCCUGAAGAACCCUGAGGGAAUUGAAGUGGACUGGACUACUGGACAUCUGUAUGUAGCGGACAGUGGUAGGGGGGAAAUUUUGGCCUGUCUGGGGGACGGGGAGAUGUGCACUAGUGUGGUAUCUUACAUUCAUCAUCCCAAAGCUCUAGUUAUUGACCAGAAAAACAGACAACUCUACUGGUCUGAUGUUGAAGACCCUCCCAAGAUAAAGAGGGCCAAUCUGGAUGGCAGUGGGACAGUGACCUUUCUUUCUGACCAUGUAGGAUACGCUAGUGUAAUGAUCCUGGACUACAUAUCAGAGCGCCUGUUCUGGGUGGACAAGCUAUCCCCCAAACUGGAGAGUGUCCAUUUAGAUGGCUCAAACAGACAGAUUUUGCCUGUUUACAAUCUAAGGAACCCAGUCAGUAUAGCUGUGUUUGAAGACAGAAUUUACUGGACUGACCUUGGCUGGCGUGCACUCUUUUCUGCAAAUAAGUUCACAGGCCAUGACAUUCAGCAUGAAAUCUCUGGUCUACAAGGACAUGCUGUUAUACUGGUUAUGCAUCCAGCUCUUCAGAAUUCAAAUCUUAUUAGAGAUACCUGCUCUGGGAUAAAAUGUUCCCACAUGUGUUUGCCAACAAGUGAUGGACAUCGGUGCAUGUGUCCUCAGGACAUGCAUCUGGAAAGUAAUAAUAUCACCUGUCAAAUAAGUUUAGAUGUGCCCAGAAUUUACCUUGGAGCAAAGAAAGAAAUUCUUCAAUUCCCCCUGUCUUCUGUUGGUUACCAAGACAGCCAAGUCAGGACUGUGAUUGGUGGAGAUAUCAACACUGUUCCAGCAAUGAGUAUUUGUCCAAAGCAUCAAGUACUGGUGUACAGUGACAUCACACGUGAUGUCAUAGCUAGCAUCAACAUCUCCGUGGAUAGUGGAUUUUCUCGUGAAAGUAUUAUAUAUUCCAAACAUCUUCAAGCAGUUGAGAAGUUAGAAGUGGACCCAGUAACAGGAAAUAUUUUUUGGAUUGAUGUUGGAGAAAAAACAGUAGAAGUUGCAAGUCUGAGUGGAAAAUAUCGCAAAGCACUGCUAUCAUCAGACCAGAUAAUUCAGAGGCCCACAUCCAUAGCUAUUGAUUCUUCACAAGGCAUAUUGUACUUGUCUCUGGUGGGUGUGUCUCCAUCAAUCCUCCAGUGCUCUUUGGAUGGCACAUUCUGUAAACCUUUGCCAGUGGAAGUUCAUCAUCCAAAUGACCUUCUCCUGUAUGAAGGUCAUUUAUAUAUAGCUGAUGAUGUUGGAGGUGUGGCGCGGAUUAUUUCUGUAAAGCUUACCAAUAGAGGAGCAGUUCACUGGCAAACAUAUCUUGUACAAGGAAAUGGAAAAGCAAUAAAAAGAAUGGCCAUAUAUGAUAAAAUUCUCUACUGGGUAGAAGAUAAGGCAACCAGUGUAUUUUCUCUCAAUUUACAAAAUAUUGAAGAAGAAAGCAGUGUACUUCAUAAUACCAUCCCAUUAUCCAGCAUUAUAGUAUCUACAGUCAGCAAAAUAGCUGAGACUGCCUGCAGUAUUAACAAUGGUGGCUGUUCACACUUGUGUAUUCCAGUGUCUAUAAAGUCCAGAGUCUGUAAAUGUAGUGAUGGAUUUUUCCUUCAGAAAGACAACACUUCCUGUGCUAGGUGCAAAGAACCAAGUUGCCAUUGUGAGAUUCACAGAAAUUGUUCAAACACUCUAGAGUGUGGAGGCCUUCUCUGUGAUAUAGAUCUGUGUGUCCCGCUAGACAUUGUUUGUGAUGGAACCAAUGACUGUGUAGACAUGUCAGAUGAAGACGGGGCUCACUGUUCUCAAACAACUCCAAAGGACUGUGGACCCGGACAUUUUGCGUGUACCUCUGGGGAGUGUAUUUCUGGACACCUUGUCUGUAACGGUCAUCCAGACUGUCCUGAUGCCUCAGAUGAAGGACAUCAGUGUCAUCAGGAUUUACCAGAAAGAGUGUGUCCUACAGGAUAUGAAUUUCAAAAGGAUAAAAAAUCUUGUCAAGAUGUAAAUGAGUGUAAGGAUGACAAUGGGGGCUGUAGUCAGGUGUGUGUUAACACUGAAGGAGGCAGAAGUUGCCACUGCUCACCAGAGUUCAUCUCGAACACCACCUCAUGUAUUCCACCAGAUCCCAGGCCUUAUUUCUUGUUCUUGGAACAUACUACUCUAACAAGAUAUGACUUGGAUCAGCAGGGGGAGUUUAUCACUAUUUGUGCUGCGGAGCCUUUUCUGACUUUUGAUGUAAUCAUGUCUACUGGUGACAUCCUGGGAAUAUCAUCUGCAGAUUCAAAGACACUACUAAGAACCAAUCAAAGUGAUCAGAAGAAAGAGGUUCUACUGAGCAUGUUGGGAAAAGUUGCUUAUGUGGCAUAUGAUUGGUUGGGAAAUAACCUCUAUAUUUCUGACAUCUUAAAACCUGCACUGAUUGUAUGCCCAGUGAAACUUCUGAAGGAGGGAUGUCUUUCAUUGCUGCAUGAAACAACAGGAAGUGUGGCUCUUUACCCAGUUAAAGGACUGAUGUUCUGGUUGAAUCGUGACUCCAUUCAGAAGAGCACUAUGUUGGGGGUACAGAGGAGGAGUGUAGUGGAGUUUGAAUUUGUGUCUGUCAGGAGCUGUCUUGUUCUGGACCAGUUCUCAGACAGACUAUACUGGAUAGAUCAUGUUCAGCAUGCUAUUGAGAGCUGCAGUACUGAUGGCAGUUACAGGAGGACCAUUUUGUCUCAGGGAUUGUACAAAUUCCUGUCAAUAAAUGUUUUUGGAGAUGACCUGUACUUCACUGAUGAAGCAAGCAAGUCUCUUUAUAAAUAUAACCGAAUCACAGGACAUACGACCAUGCUGACCAAUGACCUUCCAUUCUCCAGUCAACUGAAGGUCAUCCAUCCAAUUCUUCAGAAUGCAGAUUCCAGGUCAGAUGUAUGUGCCAAGAGAUUCUGUUCACACCUGUGUUUGCCGACACCAGAGGGAGCUGUCUGUGCCUGCCCUGAUGGAUGGGACCUCAUUAAUAACAGGACUUGUAGAAGUCCUCAUGUGGUACCUUUGGUUAGCACUAAGACUCAAGUAGGAAUAUCAAAGUCACCUUUUCUACCAAGAGUUACUUCAACUCAUGGAGAUUACCCAACAACUAGUGCACCAAGGGUAACCUCAAUGUCUAUAAUUACACGGAAAGUAACCUCAAAACCUUUUCCACCCAAGGUUGAGCCAACACCUAUUCCACCUAAGCUGGAUCCAACACCUACUAGAUCCAUGAUGGAUCAAACAGCUUCUUCAACCAAAGUCAGCCUAUCACCUCUGUCAGCUGCCCCAUGUAAUUUACUGUGUAUGAAUGGGGGAACAUGUUCUUAUUCAAAGGACAAAGAUAUAGAUUAUUGUGUGUGCAGACCAGGUUAUACUGGUUUUUUCUGCAAUGAGGAGGAGCCAGGAGAAGAGGCCAUUACCCCCAAGCCUCCUAGAGAAGAAGCCAUCAACCCCAGGCCUCCACAAGACAACCCCUCUGUCAUAGUUGGAGUCAUCCUGGGUUCCUUGUUUACAGCUGUGGUGAUCAUCAGCUGCUUGUGUUACGUACAACAUAAGAGAGAUAAAGUUCCAAUUGCUGAGAUCAUUCAUUUUCGUCCUCUGCUCAGUAAUCGUCACUCUGAGGAUAAUGAGGAGCUCUUCAGUGAACAUCCAGCUAGGACCAACCCACAAAACAAUGAUCAGAGCCAUGAUUAUGAGGAAGUAAGCCCAUCGUUGAGUUCUGACAUUAUGGAAGACCAUGGUGAACUAAGAUGGCAGCAUUCUACUACCUCUGUAGAUUCAGCAUUUGUCAGUCACUCUGAUGAAAAUGAUCCGCUGACUUCACAGCUUAUUCCAGUGUGACAACUCAGAUUUAGCCUGAUUAAGUGAAUCAACUGUCUUAUGUCACUGGAUCCAGCAUAUUGAUGUAUUAAUUGAUUGGUUAUUUAUUGUGUAAAGGUUUAGGAGAUUUUGUGUUUUUGUUGCAGUGGUAAUGAAUAUAAAAAUUACAAUGCAUGAAAAUUUGACUAUAUUUUGUGAAAAUCAUGAAAUUGAAUACAUAUAAUUUGAUGGCCAUUUUCAUUUUAAAAAAUUUAAAAGAAAUUUGUUGAAAAAUAGGACAGUACUGUCUUUUCAAUGUGACCACAUAUAUAAUUAUUUAUACUGUUUUGUAUUUGCUCAUAGAACAACAGAUUUUUUUAUCUGCAUUUAGAACCUGCAUAUGUCCCUUUUAAUGCAGGUUCUAGGGUAAUAUUAUACUUCUGAAAAUCACAGGUGGUGGUUUUUUUCUGAUUUACAAAAAAAUGGUGUCAUUUUUAUGUGUAGUGAGUAUCUGUGAUACAGCUGUAUGAGAGCAGAAGGACAAUUCAGCAUUAUAUUAAUUGAUAAAAUGUCUGAGUAUUCAAGGUGGUUAAAAAAACACCAUCUUUACAGGAUUUCUGUAUUGUAUUUCAAUGAUUUAUAUGACACUACCAAUAUGUGACACAUGAAAUACUGUAAAAAUAAUUAUUUGGUAAUUGUGAAAUGUUUGUUAGAGGUCAUCCAAAGCAUUUUUUCUCCAAAUAUUGUGCAGUAGGGAUGGAUUAUUUUUUUUAAUUUAACAUUGGGAACUGUGUUUUUACAAUUUUUUUAAUGUUAUUUGGAGUCAGCCAAUCAAUUCUGAAAGUCAGUGUAAUGUAAGCAAAAAUAUGCAAAUGCAAAAAUGAUUAAAUUGCUUUGUUUCUGGAAUAUGCAAAAAUGAUUAUAAUGAUUAAAUUGCUUUGUUUCUGGUAUAUGAAAUAAAUGAUUAAAUUGCUUUGUUUCUGGUAUAUGAAAUAAAUGAUUACAUUGCUUUGUUUCUAGAACAUUUAUUCUGUCGACUUAAUUGAACACAUUUCUUGAUUUAUGGUAUGAGAAACGUGCAAUAUCAGACAAGGUUUUCGAUGUCAUGCAUGUACCUAUACAUGUGUAUUGCUAUUUGCUGAAUUACUUUGAAUGUCUUAUAUGUAGGUGAAGCCAAAUCUGUUGUUUUUUGACAAAUCAGUGAUUAACAAAGUUUAAACUAAACUUAUUACCGUAAACAUUUAAAUGUCUAUACCAGUGGAUAAAUAGAUAUUAGUAACUUUAUUUAUUUGGUAUUUUUAUACAGAUAUUUUUUUUUCAGAUUUCUAUGAGUUUAAUAAUUGAUGAGAUUUGAUAUUUAUAGAUAUUUUACAGUGUUGUUUAUUUGUUAACAUAUGAUUGUCUAAAAAUGGAAUAUGCUAAAAAUACGAUAAACUUUAUAUCAAUUUUGCAACAAAUGUUUUCUAUCUGAUAAUUUAUGCUAAAAAUUGUUUAAGAUCUGUUUUUAGACUGUUUAUGUAUACAUUUUGUGAUUGUAAGCACCUGUGGCCUGUGAUUUGAAUAAACAGUGCAUUUCGAGA